GGGGGUCUUUUUUUUCUCGUUUAAGUCCCGCCGCAUCGAUAAGGUGACGCGAAAACCGAAAAUAUCGUCAGCCACCAUGGAUACAAAGGAUGAGUUGCACCUGGACGAUAAGCAUGAGAAGGCAGAUAUCUUGCAUUCCGAGGUCCUGGGAAAUGCCGAUCUCAUGAAUGAUGCCUUCGACGGCGAGAACCGCGAGCACGAGAUGGGCGUCUGGGAGGCUGCUAAGACUCAUCCAUGGGCAUGCUUCUGGGCGUUCAUCAUGUGCUUUACAAUUAUCAUGGAAGCUUUCGACAUGUUCCUGAACGGUAAUUUCGUCGCGCAAAAAGCUUUUCAGGCAAGAUACGGUGUUCUCGUCGACCCAACCACGAAUACUUAUGCUAUCCCAACACGAUGGCAGAGUGCCCUUUUCCAAUCCGGACAAUGUGGUGCUUUUGUCGGAGUGUUUUUAGCCGGACCCAUCACAAAUCGUAUCGGCUACCGGUGGACUACAAUCUUGGGUCUGGUUCUUAUGAACGCGACAAUCUUUAUUUCAUUCUUCGCCGACUCGCUCACUGUUCUUACGAUUGGACAAGCUUUCGAAGGUGUUCCCUGGGGAAUCUUUAUUGCAAACUCCCCCGCCUAUGCCAGUGAGGUCGUACCUCUUCCUCUCAGAAGUGCAUGCACGGCUACUUUGCAAAUGAGCUGGUCAAUCGGCCAAAUUAUAGUUGCCGGUGCAACUUACGCGACAAAUAAGAGAGAUGAUCAAUGGGCUUGGAGACUACCUUUGGCUUUACAGUGGAUCUUCCCUACUCCUCUUCUGAUACUUAUAUUUUUUGCUCCCGAGUCUCCUUGGUGGCUUAUUCGUCGCGGACGCAAAGAUGAAGCUCUGCGUUCGCUUGAGAGCCUAGGAGAGAAACCAGAAAAUGCGCCCCAGGCACUUGCCAUGAUAGAGCGCACCGUUAAGAUUGAAGAGCAGAUGGGCGGUCGACCUACACUCCUCGACCUCGUCAAGGGUACAGAUCUAAGGCGGACAAUCAUCACCUGCUUGAUGUAUGCAUCGCAAAAUUUCGCAGGUAACCUGAUUGCCAAUCAGGCCACUUUCUUCUUUGAACAGGCUCAUAUUAAACCCGACCGUGCUUUCCAACUUAAUCUUGUCAACUCAUGUCUUCAAUUUGUCGCGAACAUAUGUUCUUGGUUUCUUAGUUCAUGGUUCGGGCGUCGGACAAUAUACCUCUAUGGCACAGCCGUGAAUGUUACGUUACUCAUGAUCCUCGGUAUUGUCGCCUCAAUUCCACAGAAUGAUUCGACGAACCUCGCACAAGCCUCUCUAGCUAUCCUCAUUUCAUUCGUUUUCGCUGGUGCAAUGGGACCAAUCUCAUACACUAUCAUUUCGGAGACAUCUUCAGUCCGUCUGCGUGCUCUGAGUACCGGUGUCGGUCGUGCCGCCUACUACGUCGCGGAAAUUCCUAUGAUCUACCUGGCCUCAAAAAUGCUCAACACUACCGACUGGGACAUGGCGGGCAAAUGUGGCUACGUUUGGGGAGGUACCGCCAUCGUCUGUUGGAUAAUGGCCUAUUUCUUCCUUCCUGAGCUCAAGAACCGCUCUUAUCGUGAAGCCGACAUUUUGUUCAAUCGCAAAGUUCCUGCCAGGAAGUUCAAGUCAACUGUUAUUGAUGUUAGGGAGAACGAGUAAAGUAUUCCUGUGGAGAGGGUGGAUCUGAUAGGGGGUGUUGGCAUCAAUAACAAAGACAUUUUACAUUAAGGCAAUCAGUAUCCGAAAGGAUUGCCUUAUUCUCAAUUUAUACAUGUAUCGUAUAUAGUUCACUAUGGACAGUACUACAUGUGUAUCU